CGCAGACUUGAUGGAUCGCUGUUUCUCGCGCGGUUGACGGUACCGCACGUUAUCCGAACGCCUGUUUUUGUUGUAUUUGUGUGAUGGCGAGCGUUUGAAUGAGGCGCACCACAAACUAUCCGACGUCUGAUUCGGUUCGAGAGGGCAAUGCUCCGUGAGUUAAUAUCUCGGCUAACAAAGUCGGAAACUUAUCUGUGCACAGUCGCUCACUGUGUCAAAAGGUAGAAGCCGGGUGACCCGGGCGAAACGGCUUUAACCGAAAUAAGCGACAAAACGCUAAAGUCGGUUUGACACGUCUUCGAUCUCCGUCUGUUAUAACGAGUUGAAAACGCGGCGCUUUCUGACACCUGCUCUGCCGGACCAAACAGACAUGGCCGCCGUAGACAUGGAUCCAGAUGUUGCUCGGAGGCUGUUCGAGGAGGGAGCUACCUUAGUCUUGCUUGGUGUUCCUCAGGGCACAGAACUUGGCAUUGACUACAAAAGCUGGCAGGUGGGUCCUCGCUUCCGUGGUGUUAAAAUGGUCCCUCCGGGCUUGCACUUCCUCCACUACUGCGCUGUAAACAACCCUAGCUGUGGAGGCGAAAUCGGUCCCAAAAAAGGCCUCUUCCUUACCCUCAAACCCAGAGAGAUUGUGCUGGCAACCUGGGAUCCCCAAGAAGAAGAUUUGAACUUCUCGGACUCUCAGAAUGAGGAGGAGGUAAGUCGGACCCGGGACAACUUACGAGAACUGGACCCUUUCCUGGGGCCCUACCCCUAUGAGAUAAUGCGGAAGUGGGUGUCCCUGACUGACCGUCUGACCCAGGAGUUGGUCAGUGAGUUGCAGCCCCUGUCUGGUCGAAUAUGUGCCUUUGCCGAUGUCAUUCCAGAGCUCCAGCUCAAACACACAAAGGACAGGGCAGAGCAGAACUUGCCCAGGAACGAUAAAGCCUGCCAGAGCAUGAAAGAGGGGCUAGAUAAGCUUCCCAAGAUGAAGCAGAGGGAGGGGACAGAGCUGCGCUUUUCCCAUAUUCCCAGCCAGACCUACCCACCUGGGGCUACACCGGCCCAGGUCACCCAGUGUAGCCUGGACCUGAGCUAUGCCCUUGAGACUGUGCUGAAUAAGCACUACAAACUGCAGCCUCUCAAUGUGCUAGGUGAGCUUCAGUUUGCCUUUGUUUGCUUCUUAAUUGGAGAUGUGUAUGAGGGCUUUGAACACUGGAAGUGUCUACUGGCUCUGCUGUGUCGUUCAGAGGAGGCCAUGCGGGCCCGUAAGGACCUUUACCUGGGUCUUAUUGCUGUGCUUUACCACCAGCUUGGAGAAGUGCCACCGGACUUCUUUGUUGACAUCGUUUCUCAAAACAACUUUCUAACUUCCACACUACAGGACUUUUUCCAGUGUACCAACGCACCCGGCAUAGACAGCACACUGCGCAAGAGAGCGGAGAAGUUCAAAGCCUACCUGGUCAAGAAGUUUCGCUGGGACUUUGAUGCAGACUUGGAGGACUGUGCCCCUGUUGUUGUUGAGCUGCCUGAGGGUGUCACAGUAGACUGAACCUGCUCUGCACACAGCAUAUGAAGUGGAACCAGGAACAGGGAGAAGAGCUAAAAAAAUUACACAAAAAAAACAUGUCAGAAGGAUGCAGAUAUGCAUGGCCAAACAUCUCGGCCAUGCAUAUGUGCAUGGCUUGAAGGUCAGAACACCUUGGCUGAUAAGAAGGGGCAUUCUCCAAAUGUGCCGUCAUUCAGUUUGGAAACACGGCAAUAUGCUUUAAGGGUUUUAAAUGUGGACUGUCCAAUACAUUCUUGUAUAAUACACUUGCAUCCAGUAAUGAAAAAAACAAAAUAGUUUUUUGUUUGUCUGUACUGUGAUAACGUUAUUCCUCUCAGUGAUGCAUUUUGCUGGUGUUACUAACGCGUUAUCAUUGUUAAAAUAACUUGUAUUAUUUGCCUUGGAUAUUAAAAUCAGUAUCAGAUUUGCCAUUUUUAUAUUUGUUAAUUAAAAAUAUAAUGAUUAAA